AUGACAACCACCCCCAAAAAACAACACAUAGCGCACACCCUCCUCCUCCGCGCCCACUCCCCGGACACAGCCACCACCCUCUUCACCGAGCGCAUCAAACAGAAACCCCUCUACGUGCGCCCGACCUCCCCAACCCCGGAAGACAACCGCCACCGCCGUCGCCUCCACCGCCUCCGCCGCAAAGACUACUUCCUCCGCCACCAGAAACCCCGGCCCUUGUCCGCGCGGGAGCGCCGCGCCCACCCCGAGGGUGAUGGUAAUGCUGCGGAUGCAGGGGAAUACAAAUACGCCACCUUCAAGGGGUUGAACGCGCUGUGGGUGGAGUAUAUGCUUUCGGUGCUCGAUUUGAAGGACCCGCGAAGCAAGACGGGGUGUGUGGUUACGCCGAGUUCGCAUGGGAGUAAAUUGGUGAGUUGUGAUUAUCAUGGGGCUGAGGUGGAGGUGGUGCGGAGUCGGUGUGCGAGUCGGGUGGGGUUGAGGGGCAUUGUGGUAAGGGAUGGGAUGUUUGCGUUUACGGUGGUGGGGGAGGGGGAUCGAGUGACGCUGAUUCCGAAGGAACAUACGGUUUUUCGGUUUGAGUUGCCUUUACCUUCCUCUUCUCCGUCGGGGGGGAAGGAUGCGGCUGGGACUGGGGAUGCGGCUGGGGAGAGUGAAGGGCAAGCGCAACAGCAACAGAAGAAGCUCGUGUUCGAGUUGCAUGGCAGCCAGUUCCAGAAUCGGCCGGUCGAUCGCGCGAAUAAGAAGUUCAAGUGGAGGAAUGUGGACUAUGUUUGA